UCGAUGUCAGGGGCUGCCUACCUGCAAGGUGCGCCAAGAUGAUGGGCAUGAACGCCAAGCAGCCGUUCAGCAUGCACCCUGCCCUGCAGGAAGCCAAGUAUUCCAGCCUGCACUCCAGCUCGGAGGCGAUGCGCCGCGUGUGCCUCCCAGCCCCGCAGCUCCAGGGCAAUAUAUUUGGAAGCUUUGAUGAGAGUCUGCUGGCCCGGGCUGAAGCUCUGGCGGCUGUGGAUCUGGUCUCCCACGGCAAGAGCCAUCCUUUCAAGCCGGACGCCACUUACCAUACCAUGAGCAGCGUCCCAUGCACGUCUACCUCGUCGCCCACCGUGCCCAUCUCGGCCCCUGCUCACCAUCACCACCACCACCAUCACGCCGUGGCACACCAAGGCCUGGACGGCGACCUCCUGGACCACCUCUCGCCCACUCUGAUGGGGGCCCCGGAGCACGGGGCGGUCAUGGCCGCUCAGAUCCACCCGCACGCCCAUGCCCAUCCCCACCUGGGCGCCGCCAUGGGCCACCUGCACCAAGCCAUGGCUAGCAUGGGCCACCCGCCGCCGCCGCCACCUUCCGCUGCCGCCCAGGUCUCCGCUGCGGCUCACAACGGCUUGCCCUGCAUUAGCGACGUCGAGUCGGAUCCGCGGGAGCUGGAGGCAUUCGCCGAGCGCUUCAAACAGAGGCGGAUCAAGCUCGGCGUCACCCAGGCGGACGUGGGCGCGGCGCUGGCCAACCUCAAGAUCCCCGGCGUGGGCUCGCUGAGCCAGAGCACCAUCUGCAGGUUCGAGUCGCUCACGCUGUCGCACAACAACAUGAUCGCCCUCAAGCCCGUCCUGCAAGCAUGGCUGGAGGAGGCGGAAGCCGCCUACCGGGAGAAGAACGCCAAGCCCGAGCUCUUCAACAGCGCCGAGAGGAAGCGCAAGAGGACCUCUAUCGCGGCGCCCGAGAAGCGCUCCCUGGAAGCCUAUUUCGCCAUCCAGCCGCGACCAUCUUCCGAGAAGAUCGCCGCCAUAGCCGAGAAACUGGACCUCAAAAAAAACGUGGUGAGGGUCUGGUUCUGCAACCAGAGACAAAAACAGAAACGCAUGAAGUACUCGGCUGUGCACUGAGCCCGCCCGCCCGUCUGCCUGCCUGCCUGGACAGGGAGAUCUACCAUACGUAUAUAAACAUACAUACAUUGCUUAACUUUAAACAACAAACAGCAGGGAUCUCUGAAAGGACAGUCCCACCAAGCAACAAAGCCAUUGGACCUUAAACAUCUCUUCCUUCCCUUCCCUUUUGCGCUCGGCCUCGUGAUCAGAAGUUCUUUUGCCUGCCUUCAGUUGUGCUUCCGUGGCUUAUCGGUUGAAAAUGAGAACGACCAACCGAUCUAUCGACAAGAAGUUUAUUGUCAUUUUUGGUUUGUCCCCUGGACCUGAUUGAGCAUUCUGGGUUACGGUCCACUUGGUUGUGUGUCCUCUUGUGAACUAGAGCGCAGAAGUGACGCUUGUCACUUUUGCUGGAAGAGUGGAAACUUGAGAGGUACUUAUAGUUUCUAAAAUAAAAAAGAACGCAAUAAGUAAUAUAAUGAUAUAAGUAGUUUGGAAAGGAAAUAAAAACUUUUUAGACAUUUUUUUAAAAAAUUAGCCCACGAGAGAAUGAAGAUUUCUCCAGAUAUGUGAAUUAUAUGGGGAAAUGCUAUUUUCCGAAAAUUAGUUCUAAUUUCUGAUCAAAUUAUGGGUAGUUUACGUUGAUCCAUCACCUUUGACUUGCCUGGUCAGCUGCAUGCUGUCUGAAAUCUAUAGAUUUUUUAAAAAAUACUCCGAUACUUUCGUAUAUAUAUAUAUAAAACUAUAAGCUCUAUUUUUAGCUCAGUGAAAUGCAGGGCUGCUCGUCAGGUUUUUCUUAUUCACCCACACAAACGACUGUUUCCAAAUAAAGUUCUUUAUUUCUUGGUGGGAGCGGGGAGACGAACAUAUAAAUGGAAUUUAUCAUUCAUCAUUCUGAAUCAAGUUCUUUUUGGAAGAAAGGGUAAAUGGGACCGUCUCAUUUAUGUCAAUGGGAUUUGUUUUCAAACCAGCGUAUUAAGAUCUCAACCUGUAGAACCCUGAACCGUUAAAACCAAUGGACUUAUUGCCAUCGAUCCUCUGGUUGCUGCAACCCAAUCCCCACACCCCAUCAAAUUGCAAAACUUCCAUUGCUUUUAGCCAGUUCAGCUCGCACCUAUAUAGCUCCAUCCACAAAACGAAUUGAGCCGAAGAACUAGAGAUUUAAGAUAAUUGACUUGAAUGUGUCUGAUUAAACCGGCUUUGAGUCCAAGCUCUUUCCCUGAACUGGAUUUCGAAUGGCUUUCUCCGAACUAAACCCUUAAACAUGAUUUAUCUUCAGUCCACCACGGAUUUAUACAGUCUUGCACCCAUUUUAUCUGAAGACAGUAGCCCGCGAGAUAGUCAUUUCACACACACACACACACACACACACACACACACACACACACACACACAUACACACACACACACACACACACACACACACACACCACCUGUCAGUCCUCUUCCUUUUUUAAAAAAUUAAAGCCUGUUUCUACAUUAAGUUGCAGUCCAGGGUUCUUCUGGUCAAAUAACUCUGCAUUUGCAAUGGAUUCGUCCACCCGUCCCUCAAAUAUUUUAUCUCGCUCCUCAAGUUUGGGCGUUUUGUGCGCGUGUAUGAUCUCUGAUUACCUGUCUGUCUGUCUGUCGGGAAUAAAUUCUAA